AAAAGUCACAACGUCUAGCCAGGAAUCGAACCCGUGACCUCUCGAUCCCGUGUCCACGCCACUCGGCACUGUCUGAGACAACGUUUCCGUGUCAAGCUACCUGAAGAAGUGAUGUCACUUUAAUCCAGAUGAAGGACACAGUCUAAGUAUUCAAGACAUCAUUGCAUCAUGGGCCAGGGUCAAGAGCAAAUAUAUGUUGUAUAGAUGUUCCCGUGGUCGGAAUGGGGACAUUUGACGUCAGAGGUCUCGUGCAUCGCCAGAACGGGAACUGGACUGUUGGCGUCACGGUCUCCUGGGAACAGCCCGAUGGGUCCGACCCUGAAGGUUACAUGGUGCUGUUGAGGGACCCGUAUGCUGGCGUCACUUCCGGAUCGCAAGGCAUGCCGGAUGAUGACUUCCUAGACGACUGGGAAGGUGACUUCCCUGACUUCGACUUCUCACCGGUGUUCCCCGGCCCUGCAGCUGUCAAGACGGCCAGAGAACGCCUUGAAGACCGCGGAUUCGUCUUCGUCGAGACGGAAUCUUUCACGGUUAUGGACUUGGAGUUCACGCAUAACUACGAGAUUGAGGUCGUGGUGUUGAACAACACGGACAGUGCGGGGAGAGGUGUGGUGCACCCGUUCGUUACUCCAGACUGCUACACCACUACCCACGACUUGAACUACUGCCGUGAUCAAGCUGUAGUGUUCGCCAGCCAACCGGCCAACAUGUCCCUCCUGAAUGUCAGCGUGACGUGUGUUGAGGUGGUGGAGAAUGACGACAUGUCAGACAAGGGACACGGACAGGGCAAGAGGAACAAGACGGUUGCCAUGGCGACCGCGUGGAUCUCCUGGCUCCGCCCCGUUCAGCUGGGCGGUGACGUCAUCACGUACGUCAUCCGCCUGGAGCAUGACGGGAAGAAUGUGCAGGAAGGCGUAUUUGCCAAGUCGGUGAAUGAGGAUGCAAACAGAAACCCACUCGUUCCCAUCCUGUACGUCAUUGACCAAGUGAGCCUGAACAAGACCUACACUUUGAAGGUGACGCCGCUAGUGAACAAGACGGGAGAUUUCAGUCCGUACGGGAUGGUGGCACAACUCACCUUCCACACCUACAACCUCUCCGCAGACGGUUGUUUCCCGGUGGCCGGGACCCAGGGCUCGGCUAGCGCUGUCUCCGGUUCACCCGUCGCCACGCCAGGGGCCGUCCUCACGGUCUGUUGUCUCUUCAUCCUGUUGGGUCUGCUCUGGGACAUCAAAACUGCGUAUUUGCUUUAAAUAGCGUCUUUAUAUUGUAUUUUUCUAGUAAUAAGGCCACAGCAAGUAAUUUUUAUGGGUGACAUCAGCGCAUGCAUUGAUUUUUGU